CUUUCUUCGCUCGGGACAGCGCACGGAGCCGGGGCCGGGCGGGAGCGGCGCCCCCGCCACCCUCCACCCGCGCGCACACCCCAGGCCCGGCCCCGGCCCCACAGAGCCAUGCUGUGCUGCAGGAGCUGCUGCCACCCGCCCGAGGAGCCCCCGGUGACCGCCCAGGUCGCCGCGCCGGUCGCGCUCCAACUCCCGCCCGCGCCCCCGAACGGCGACACCAAGAGGCCCGGGCUGCGGGCGCUGAAGAAGAUGGGCCUGACGGAGGACGAGGACGUGCUGGCCAUGCUGCGGGGCUCCCGGCUGCGCAAGAUCCGCUCGCGCACGUGGCACCAGGAGCGGCUGUACCGGCUGCAGGAGGACGGCCUGAGCGUGUGGUUCCAGCGGCGCAUCCCGCGCGCGCCGUCGCAGCACGUCUUCUUCGUGCAGCACAUCGAGUCCGUCCGCGAGGGCCACCAGUCCGAGGGCCUGCGGCGCUUCGGGGCCGCCUUCCCGCCGGCGCGCUGCCUCACCAUCGCCUUCAAGGGCCGCCGCAAGAACCUGGACCUGGCGGCGGCCACCGCCGAGGAGGCGCAGCGCUGGGUGCGCGGCCUGGCCAAGCUGCGCCAGCGCCUGGACGCCAUGAGUCAGCGCGAGCGGCUCGACCACUGGAUCCACUUCUAUCUGCACCGGGCGGACUCCGACCAGGACAGUAAGAUGAGCUUCAAGGAGAUCAAGAGUCUGCUCAGAAUGGUCAACGUGGACAUGAAUGACAUGUACGCCCGCCGCCUCUUCAAGGAAUGUGACCAUUCCAACAACGAGCGGCUGGAGGGGGCCGAGAUCGAAGAGUUCCUGCGGCGGCUGCUGAAACGCCCGGAGUUGGAGGGCAUCUUCCAUCGGUACUCGGGCGAGGACCGCGUGCUCAGCGCCCCUGAGCUGCUGGAGUUCCUAGAGGACCAGGGCGAGGACGGCGCCACACUGGCCCACGCCCGGCAGCUCAUCCAGACCUAUGAGCUCAAUGAAACAGCCAAGCAGCACGAACUGAUGACACUGGAUGGCUUCAUGAUGUACCUGUUGUCGCCCGAGGGGGCCGCCCUGGACACAGCCCACACGGGUGUGUUCCAGGACAUGGGCCGGCCCCUGGCCCACUACUUCAUCUCCUCCUCUCACAACACCUAUCUGACCGACUCUCAGAUCGGGGGGCCCAGCAGCACGGAGGCCUACGUUAGGGCCUUUGCCCAGGGUUGCCGCUGUGUGGAGCUGGACUGCUGGGAGGGGCCAGGAGGGGAGCCCGUCAUCUACCACGGCCACACGCUCACCUCCAAGAUCCUCUUCCGAGACGUGGUCCAAGCUGUGCGCGACCAUGCCUUCACGCUGUCCCCAUACCCUGUCAUCCUGUCCCUCGAGAACCACUGUGGGCUGGAGCAGCAGGCUACCAUGGCCCGCCACCUCCGCACCAUCCUGGGGGACAUGCUGGUGACAGAGGCACUGGACUCCCAGAACCCCAAGGAGCUGCCAUCCCCAGAGCAGCUGAAGGGCCGGGUCCUGGUAAAGGGGAAGAAGCUUCCAGCUGCUCGGAGCGAGGAUGGCCGGACUUUGUUGGACUGGGAGUUGGAAGAGGAAGAGGAGGAGGACGAAGAGGAGGUGGAGGCUGCAGAGCAGAGGCGGCGGGCCAAGCAGAUCUCCCCAGAGCUGUCUUCCCUGGUCGUGUACUGCUGCGCCGCCCGCCUGCAGACCCUGUGCCCUGGCCCCGGCCCCCGCCAGCCCUGCCAGGUCAGCUCUGUCAGUGAGCGCAAGGCCAAGAAGCUCAUCCGAGAGGCAGGGAACAGCUUUGUCAGGCACAAUGUUCACCAUCUGACUCGUGUGUACCCGCUGGGGCUGCGGGUGAACUCGGCCAACUACAGCCCCCAGGAGAUGUGGAACUCGGGCUGUCAGCUGGUGGCCCUGAACUUCCAGACACCAGGCUACGAGAUGGAUCUCAAUGCUGGGCGCUUCCUCAUCAACGGGCAAUGCGGAUACGUCCUGAAACCUGCCUGCCUGCAGCAACCUGACACAGCCUUUGACCCUGAGUGCCCUGGGCCCCCCAGAACUACUCUCACCAUCCAGGUGCUGACUGCACAGCAGCUGCCCAAACUGAAUGCUGAGAAGCCAAACUCCAUCGUGGACCCCCUGGUGCGCAUUGAGAUCCACGGGGUGCCUGCAGACUGUGCACGGAAGGAAACCAACUACGUGCUCAACAAUGGCUUCAAUCCCUGCUGGGGGCAGACCCUGCAGUUCCAGCUGCGGGCUCCAGAGCUGGUGCUGGUUCGAUUUGUGGUAGAAGAUUAUGAUACCACCUCCCCCAAUGACUUUGUGGGCCAGUUUACGCUGCCUCUCAACAGCCUGAAGCAAGGGUACCGCCAUGUCCACCUGCUUUCCAAGGAUGGGGCCUCGCUGUCACCAGCCACACUCUUCGUCCACAUCCGCAUCCAGCACUCCUGAGGGCCCAACUGACCCACCCUGGGGUUCUGCGGUGCCAGUCUGCAUCCCCUGCAGAGCCUCCCCUGCUCUGGAGUGGAGGAGUGCUGGGCACACUUGGCCUGCUCACUAGGUGCUAUCUCACCUGGGUGCUGAGGGCUGCCUUGGGCCCUCCUAAAGGACAGAUGCGUGAUGUGUUCCCUGCAGAGCUGCUAAUGUGACUUCAGUGAGCUCCAACCUGGGGCCUUGAGAUGGCCCCAGCCCACCUCCUCAUCAUGGCUCAUGAAGAAGAGCCAGGCCUGUUGCUGCCAAGAGACUUUGGGAACAAGACACCUGUGAGCCUUCAGCUCCUCUGCCCCAUGCCAUCCAGCGGGGCCAUCCCAGCCUCCUUCCCCCAGAGAGCACAGCCACCCACCCUUGCCCCCAUCCUGGGCACUAGCCAGCCCCAGGCCCUCCCUUACCCCCAGUUCUUGAACCUGAGCUCCUCUUCCCUUCUCAAAGAAUGGAGCGCUAAGGCUUGGCACCCUGGGGAACUCUAACAGUAAGUAGGUUUUUAACUUGUGUCAUAGAAGAGCCCUGAAGGGGACAGUAGACCAAGACUAUCUAUUUUAAAAAAUAAAAAAAGUUUAUUUUAC